AUGAAUCAUUUCAUACCCUGACCCACCUUGGUUCCGUUCGUGAGCGGGUGGACCUCGGUGCUGGAGGAGCUUCCGCAUCCCAUCUUCACCUCAAGGCUACGACGUGAGCGCCCCACUUCACACCAAGCCAACCUCUAAGACCCAGCAGGCCACACACCGGACAUCCCCGCUCAUGUGACCACUCCAGCUUCUGUAUACGUGCCUUACUUCCACUUGCCACUCAGUCAUUGUUCCACCAGAACCUUGUCUGGAGUUUCCAGACCAACCAGUCUACUAUCAAACCUGUCGACCACCAUUUUCUAUCAGACGAAGGAACAGAAUGGGAAAGAAGGAUGCCGGUGCGACCAAGUUACCCGUCGAUCAGUACAGAAAGCAGAUCGGUAAACAGGACUAUAACAAAACAAAGUCUGUGUUAAAGGCAACGCGGCUGAAAGCUGAAGCCAAGAAGAAUUCCUCUGGAUUCAGGGAUGCGUUCCUGGUUGUCGCAGCCAUUCUCCUCUUUGUGCUCUGCCUUUACGCCUUCUUCUACCUGAACCUGAGCACCGAGCUCAACCUAGACGUGGACACGGACUGAGAAGUGCUGCACCAUGCACCAAAAGCCGUUUUCUUUGUACGAGGGGGAGCAACGAAAAGUUGCUCGUGUGUCCUAAUGACUAUCUGCGCAGAAUAAGAUGCUUUAGUCUGAAAAAAAUCAACAUUUUUAUGCAACCUGUGCUCAUUCCUUUUAACCUUUCCAGGCUAUUUUUAGGUAUUGUGUAUUCAGAACAGAAGCUGAACCUCAUUUGAGUCCUUUAAUACUACUACACCCCCCCAAAUAAAUAAAAAUAUGUAAAUCUUCUGCUGGCGCUCCCGUCACAUGCAGACGAAACACUGAACUGACAUUCCAGCGCACAGCCAUCUCCUCCGGAAUAUCGGGAGAUCACGGAGUGUGAGAUUAGAAUCCACAAAGCCCUCGUUCCUGAUUGAACGUGUGUGCAGAAUUCCGAACGACGCGGUGCAGCCUCUGCUCUCAAAGCGGCACGGAGACACACGUUCAGGAUAAUCACUAAAAAUCAUCUGCUGCUUUCAUCUGAAUGGAAAUUACAGCUUUUGUUUUCCUGCAAGGGGCGUGCUUGUGGUUCCUUAAUUCAUCAAAAGCAAUAGUUUUCUGUCGGGAAAGAAAUUUUUACAAAGUAGAUAAAAAGGCGGUAAAUAAAUAAAAAAAACACACGAGGCCUUGAGAGGUCUUUCAUUCCUUAAGCGUUGAAUUAGAUUUUUUAACAGGAAGAAGUCUUAAAUCUGCCUGACUGUUCCAGAUCAGCUUCCUGAAAUGUGAGAUGGAUAUUUUCAAGCUUCUCAGCCUUCUCUGCUCGUUUCUCCCAUAACCCCCUGACCUCUUGUAAAAGACGCCAUGUCAAAGAAGCCAUUAUGAUAAGCGCUCAGCCGUACCCUUUCAUCCAGCUGCCGUACAUCCAGACGCUCCUCCGACUCACUCCGAGUCACUUCCACGCGGAACAAUGGAACGGCGGCUCUAUUAGGCCUUCAUUCAUGACACCUGUUAUCUAAAAGGCACCAUUAUCAACUUUACAACAGCCUUGACAUCAGCACAAUGGCGAGCUUAAUGUAUUUGUUCAGAUCUGUGUUCGGCAAGAUGAAGUGCAUGAAACUUUUAUUGUUUUUCUAACGAUUUGUACGACUAGUGCAAAAGAAAGAGUUUUUUUAUCUAUGUCGCAUGAAUUGUCGGUUCCUCCUGCGUAAUAAAACUGAACCAACCUUCCUGA